AUGGAUCGUUGGGAACAAAGAAUCGGAGAAUAUGUAAAAGGAGCUUAUAGCGUUGUCGAUCCUGAUGGAAAAGUAAGAACUGUCGAUUAUGAAGUUGAUGGAGAAAAAGGUUAUCACGCUGUCGUAAGAAUGAAUGAAGCAGCCCCACCAGAGACACCAUCAAGAGAACUUUCUCCACCAGAUGAAAACACCGGAAAAGCAUGGAAUUUUCACUCCGAAUCUCGUGUUACCGCUAAUAAUAAUAAUAAUAACAACCAAUUGGGUCGUCAAAGAUCUGAAGGUAGAUUACCGGAAAAUAAUUUGGUUCAAACAGUGCCACUUCCUCGAAGGCCUUUGGAAAACUUACCAUUGAGUCCGGCGAACUUUAAUGUUCCUCAAUCCACAAAUGUGAUUUAUUAUAAAACUCCAGCAGGAUCAAUUUAUAAACCUGAUUUUCAACCGGUAGAAACUGAACAUAUACUUUUCAGAAAUGUUAAAAGGGAAGCUGUUGGUCCAGUAGUUUCUCCGACUAAAAACUAA